GUUGGGUUUUGCAUUCAAAGUAUAUCUAUUUUUGGUAACAGUUUUUCCGAAACCGCUAGAACGACAACAAGAGACUGCCUACAAGGAUAAUUGCUCUCAAGUUUUGAUUUGCAGUAUGGCUGGUUCUGAGACGAAGCCUAAAGAUGUCAGUGAUGUCACAUGCUCUCUUUGCCUGGAGCAGUACCAAGACCCGCGAGUGCUAGCCUGUCUGCACACUUAUUGCCGACACUGUCUGGAAAGUCUGGUAGAGCACAGCCAAGGAACGCACAGUGUCUUGCCCCCAGUGCCGUGAAAAAAUAGUGAUUAGUGUGGAAGAGGUAAAAGAUCUAAAAGUAGACUUCAUGCUGAAUGAUAUGAUUAAAAAGAUGUCGCUGGAUCAGGAAAAUAAAGCCGACAUCUCUAUUACUUGUGAAACCUGCCAAAGUGAUGUUGCUACUGGGAGAUGCGAUGAUUGCUGUGAGUUCAUGUGUGAGUUCUGCAUCACAGCACACGGGCGUUUUCUGCGAACGAAGCAGCACAAGAUAAUAGGUGUGAAAGAGGCCACAGUGAAAGGCAAGUCAAACUGCAAGUCACACUAUUGCCCAAGGCACAAAGGAGAAAGGCUCACUUUGUUGUGUGACACUUGUGACGAACUGAUUUGCCGAGAUUGUGCAAUCACUACCCACCAAUAUCACAAGAUCAACUUUACUAGCAACAUUAUAGAUCGAGAGAAAGACGAAAUUAAGGCGAAACUGGAAGAAGUAAAAUCCAAGCAAAUCGAUUCAUCCCAACUACAUGAUAAAGUCGUAAAUGAAAAAGCUCGAAUAGAAGCACAAAAAAAAUCGUUGACGUCUGAAAUUGACGACUUUAUAAACGCACAGAUCAGUACUUUGGAAAAGAUGCGUUCAAAUCUAAAAGAUGAGGUUAUUUCUGAUUAUGAGAAGAGAAAUAAGCAGCUUGAUUGUCACGAAGAUUUUCUUUCUAUUUUCAUCGCAAACUGCAAUAGCUGUGUGAAGUUCGCAGAGCGUGUAUGUCAGGCGGGUCCAGGAAACGAAGUUGAGGUGUUAUCGUUGAAGAGGGAGAUCAUGCCGCGACUAUCACAUCUUGCAGAUACCACCAUGCAAGAUGUGCUGUUUGAAAAAGUCAUCGUUACCUUUAAUGUAGACGAGGUUUUCUGGAAAUCUGUGACCGAGAAAGCUUCUUUCGAAAGAGUGACCGUUGACCCCAAGCAGUGCGUCGUUACCAUGGGAACAGGUGCAGAGCCAGGGAUCAUUUAUUCCACGUUUGCAAAGCAGCGCAUACAUUUUUCCGUUGCAGUUUACGACAGUGAGAAGCAACGUUAUGAUGCGCCAGUGAGGGUCGAAGCUUAUGUUCAAAAGAUAUCUAUUUCAGCUGGGCCAGGGAUCCCUUUGAAUGUUGUAAUACAGUUUUAUGACAAUGGCUAUGGCUAUGAAUUUACGUACAGGCCACCUGAUAAAGGAAUGUAUAAAUUGUCUGUUACAGUAAACGGUGAACAUGUCAGAAGGAGCCCAUUCCAUUGUUGGGUGCGACCAAAGGUUGAUUUGGUCAAAAUGUUUGAGGAGUCUGCCGGCUACCCCUUACUGUCAUUUACUGUCAAAAACUAGUUGGGCGCAACACGUCGCUGUGAGAGUCCAAUUUCUCAAAGCAAGUUUGGAACUUGAGCUCGGAGUAAAACGUAAAUCAAAUAAGGGUGAGCAGAUCUGGGGUUGUAAGUCUCAUAGUGCCGUGACAUUUGAUCAGAAUAACGACUGACAUUAUAAGAAAAGUUGGGGUGGCGUGUUUGGGAUGUAUCUCAGCAGUGAUGAGCUGGGAACAAGAAUGAUUAUCUGUGAUGAAGGAACAGACGAGAGGGAUAUAUUCAAGGGAAUCCGCUGUCCUGUUUAUUUACAUACCGGCGGCAAAUGGUCUCCACAGUUAGAGAAAGAAGAAGAACAAAAAAACUCUGAACUUUGAACUGUGUUUUACAUGAUUUGUGCGUCUAGCCGUUCCAGGUUUUGAAUUUUCCGAAUUUUCUGCUAGAAAUGCUAAAGCAACACUAGAAAUGCACCACUGUUUAGACAUUCAAGUUAAAUAUAGAAAGAAGAAAUAAGCUAAAAACAUGGACAAAAAUUAAGAGAUGAAAUAUAGAAAAUGAUAGAGAACGAUUUGAUGCUGUAUUGUUGUUACCACUCUCCCCAGGAUCAAGGUAGGGAUCAUUCUCAUGUAUUUGUUGGGAUCGAGAUUCCAAAUAUUGUGAUCGGGACGAUUUUCUAGGGAUCUGGUAACUUUUCUUGGACCUAAGAAAUAGAUUUCACAAUGUCCAGAACUUUUUUUCUUUUUCCAAAAGUCAGACCAAAGUUAAUUCGAGCAUCAUAUUUCUCUGUCGGAACUUUUAGUUGAUUUUUGCGUUUUUUUGUGUAAAGUGCUGUCUUUCUAACUCAUAAGCCUGGCUCAUUUGAAAACAAAGAAGUCAUGCAAGCCUUAUCGUGUUCUCCUAAUGAAAAUAUACACAUGAAUAACCCUAAA